CAAUAGAUUAAUCUCUAUCUCAAUUUACACAUUUCUUUGCUUCUUUAUGUAUAUUUUUUCUUCAUCUAUUUUCUCCUCACGUGACACUCAUUUUCUACAACUCGACGAGACGUCAACUUCUAAGAAAAACCAAAAUUAUCAGGAAAGACGAAGGCGAAGGAAUAUGUUACUGGCCUCUUUAGGAGGAGCUUUGAGUGAUUUUGGAGCAUAUUUAUUGCGUUUCCAGAGUAAAGAUACGGAAUGGUUUUGGAAGCGUACGACACGUUUUUUUUUAGGGCGACGUGCCUUUAUAUAUACGGCAGGAGCGUUUUUUGUGUUUCUAUCAUUAGGGAGUACGUUUUAUCUUUAUCGUGGAAUGUCUAAGGAUGAUACUGUUGGAUCGGAUAAAAAACAAGUAGGAUAUAAGAAAAAACCUAAGAAUAGAAAGAAACGAAAGGUUAGAAUUACGGAGAAUGAGUCGUCAGUUAAAGAUGAAACACAAGGGUUAGAAAUAUUAGAUGAAGAAUUAUUUGUUACACAAGAAAAGAUUGAGCAAUUUUCAGAAUCAGAACUUAAAGCGCAUUCGAUAAAAUUGAAAAAUGAGGGAAACAAAGCAUAUUCUAGAAAAGAAUAUGAUAAAGCUAUUGAAUUUUAUACGCAUGCUAUAUCAUGUUCAAAGGAUCCAGUAUUUUAUUCUAAUAGGGCGGCCUGUUAUAUUGCAUUAAAUAAACCUGAACAAGUUAUUGAGGAUACGACAACGGCUUUAAGUUUAGAUUCGACAUAUGUGAAGGCAUUGAAUCGUCGGGCAACAGCAUAUGAAAUGUUGAAUAAAAAUGAUGAGGCGCUUUUAGAUUAUACAACGAGUUGUAUAAUGGAUGGAUUUUCGAAUGAAAAUGCUGCUCAAAGCGUUGAAAGAUUAUUAAAAAAGAUAGCGGAAGAAAAGGCGAAAGCUAUUAUGAAGACGAAGAAAAAACAAUUGCCAAGUCCGACCUUUAUAACAGCUUAUUUGGAUGCAUUUCGACCUAGACCUAUUCCGAAAAUAGAGACAAAUGAUGAAACAUCGGGUGAUUAUCAUCUUAAACAAGGAUUUAAAGCCCUUUUAGCUAAAAAUUAUGAUACUGCGUCUCAAAGUUUUUCUAAAGCAAUUGAAUUAGAAUGUUCUAGUUCACUGAAGUCUCUGGCAUAUAAUAUGUCGGGUACUUUUAAGUUUAUUCAAGGAAGUACACUUGAAGCGUUGGAAGAUUUUAACAAAGCGAUUGAAUUUGACCCAACUGACACGCAAAAUUAUAUUAAACGUGCAAGCGUCCAUAUGGAAUUGGGCGAUCGUUUUGCAACAUGGUCUGAUUUUGAUACUGCACAAUCGGUUAAUCCAAAAGAUCCUGAUAUUUAUUAUCAUCGCGGACAAAUGCAUUUUAUUACCGGUGAAUUUUCUGAGGCAGCAAAAGAUUAUCAAAAAUCGAUUGAUUUGGAUAAAGAAUUUAUAUUUUCUCAUAUUCAAUAUGGUGUUGUACAGUAUAAAUUAGGAAAUACUGCAUUAAGUAUGUCGAUUUUCCGUAAAUGUUUAAAAAUGUUUCAAAAGUCAAGUGAUGUUUAUAAUUAUUAUGGCGAGCUUUUAUUAGAUCAGCAGCGAUUUCAGGAUGCAAUUGAAAAAUUUGAUAUUGCUAUACAACUGGAGAAGUCAAGCAAAUUUACAAUAAUGAAUGUUCUUCCUCUUAUCAAUAAAGCUCUUGCUGUUUUCCAAUGGAAGAAGGAUAUAGUAGAGGCCGAAAAGUUAUGUAAAAAGGCUUUAGCUAUAGAUCCUGGUUGUGAUGUUGCUGUUGCAACUAUAGCACAAUUACUUUUACAGCAAGGAAAAAUUGAAGAUGCUAUUGAAUAUUUUAAUAAAUCCGCACAACUUGCACGUACGGAAUCAGAAUUGGUUAAUGCACUUUCAUACUGUGAAGCAACGAAGAUUCAACUUCAAGUUACUCGAAAAUAUCCUCAUCUUGCUGAACGUUUAAAUAACAUAACUAAAGGGAAUUUUUCGGUAUAAUUUUUUUUAUUUUGGAUAUACACACAUAUUUUUGACUUACAU